GUGGGAAUAGGAUAAAAUAUUAAGAUGUAUUUCAUGAUUACUAGUUUUAUUUUUAGUCUGUGUUUUUCUAUUAUUUAAUCUGUGGACAUGUUAUCUGUAGACUGUAGAUUUUUGGUUGUCUAUGACUUGACUUUGUGUCUUUUGGUACGAUGUAAUGGAGGAUUGUUGAAAUGUAUUUUUGAUAUGUAACCGGUGUCUGGGAAAUAAAUCGAUUGGGCGAAUUUGGCUUUUCAUUUACACCAUCCCCACAUAAUUUGGGGGCUCGUCCGGGAUACGGGAUGGUGGAAUAAAGAAAAAACAGACGAAGACUAUGCCGGUGAUUUAACCUGAUUAAGAAUUUACGAAUUACGAACGAAGACUAAGAUUUAAAGAAGCUUAUGAUUAUACGAUUACGACUUGAAGACUAUAAAACUUUUUAUUUACAUUAUUCAACAUGCCGCCGAAACGAGUAAAAGAUGAUGAUGAUUGUGGUGAACCAUCGCCGCGUAUUUCCUUCAAUGACUUAGAGAAAUCAAUGACGCCAUUUUCGGGUGAUGAUGCCUAUGGCAUCGAAACAUUCGUAAAAGAUUUUGAAGAUAUUUCCUCUUUAAUGCAAUGGGGCGAAAUAGAAAAACUCAUAUUUUCGAAGCGGCUUCUCGCGGGAACCGCCAAGCUAUUUUUACGUUCACUAAGUGGGACCACCACGUGGGAUACACUUAAGUCUGAGCUCCGUGAGGAAUUUGGUAAGAAGUUGAACAGUGCAACUGUUCACAAGAGACUUUCAACUCGCCGGAUGAAGAUGAAUGAGACUCAUCAGCAAUAUUUUUUACAUAUGAAGGAACUUGCAGUACUUGGGAAUGUUGAAGAUGAAGCCCUGAUGGAAUAUGUCAUCGACGGUAUUAAAGACAGAAGAUUCAAGGUGAAAAAUUGUUAUCUUAUAGUUCAGGAACAACAGAAACUUUAACUGGAAUAGCUGAAAAGGAAAUUUAUACAAAAGGAUCUUUCACAGCAAAAAUUGAAAUUGAUGAUUGUUAUUUUGAAACUUUAUUUUAUGUUGUUGAUGAUGGCGCUAUCCCUGUCAACAUUAUAUUAGGAAAUCCUGUACUGAAAGAAGUAGAAAUCAAUUUUAAAUCUGGAACUAUCACUGCAACAAGAAUAUUACACCUUACAAUGCUAGAGAAUGAAAAUGAAGAUAUCACAAAUAUUGAAA